GGGCCGAAGGGAGUGUCCGCCUCCCGCGGAUCAGCUGAGCGGUAGCGAGCCCAACUCCGGAACCCGCCCGCCCGGAGAGGCCAGAGCUGCCGGCUUUGGGUGCCGUUAUUUGCGGACCUUUUCGUCUAUGACUUUUGUGGAUAUUAUAGUCAGCCAUGGCAUACAAUGCAAGCACUGCUGGGGAUCCUAACCAGUUAGCACAGCGUAUAACUUCCAAUAUCCAGAAAAUCACACAAUGCACUGCAGAAAUACAAAGAGUACUGAAUCAACUUGGAACACCACAAGACACGCAUGAAUUGCGGCAACAGCUGCAACAAAAACAGCAGUAUACAAACCAACUUGCCAAAGAAACAGACAAAUACAUUAAAGAGUUUGGAUCUCUGCCUUCAAUAACUGAACAGCGUCAAAGAAAAAUACAGAAGGACCGACUUGUGAAUGAGUUCACUACGUCACUUACAAACUUCCAGCGGGUCCAAAGACAAGCUGCUGAGAAAGAGAGAGAAUUUGUAGCAAGAGUGCGAGCCAGCUCUAGGGUAUCGGGUGGUGGCCCAGAGGAAAGCUACAGAGAAGGGACGCUCGUGUCCUGGGACAGCCAACCUCAGACACAGAUACAAGAUGAAGAAAUCACCGAAGAUGACCUUCGUCUUAUUGAGGAGAGGGAGUCUGCUAUCAGGCAGCUUGAGUCAGACAUUCUGGACAUUAAUGAAAUAUUUAAAGAUCUGGGGAUGAUGAUUCAUGAACAAGGAGAUGUAAUAGAUAGCAUAGAAGCCAAUGUAGAAACGACUGAAGUCCAUGUUCAGCAAGCAAAUCAGCAGUUGUCUAGAGCAGCAGAGUACCAGCGCAAGUCCCGUAAGAAGAUCUGUAUCCUCAUUCUUAUCCUUGCUGUGGGAGCAACUGUCCUUGGCCUAAUCAUAUGGGGCGCAUCAAAAUCAUCAUGAUGUGUGAAAGGAUGCAGGAGGGUUUCCAGACAUGUCUCAUCGUGAAAGCUGUUCAGUAAAUGAUGCGUCCAUCUUUGCCACUUCUGCUUUCUCACAAAAUGCAUUUUUAAUCCAAGAGUGCUUUUUUCCUUCAGCUUGCGUAGGUAGGAUUAAUUUGAAUUUACUGCCGCGAAGUAACUUGCCAAGACAUAAGCCAGGUGUAGGCAACUUCUUUAUAGGGUGCCUCCUUUUCUUCUUUUUACCUCCAGGCCAAGUUACACUGGCUAUUGGGGACAAGGCUCGCAUGCCUGCUGUAGCACAGGAAUGUCUUGCUGAUCAAGCGGGCCAAGCUUUAGUACACAAAUGUGGAGUCUUACAAGCUGCACCCCUUGAAGGCCUUGGAGAGGGACUUGUGAGAGGACUGCAAAUUCCCAAAUUCCAAUUUAGUCUUUCCACAGCUUAAUAUGGGAAGCUUAAUUUACUGGAACGGAUCACUUUCAGAGACGGUUCCUCUCUCUGUGGCUUGGUUCUAAAUGAAAUGCUACGUUGCUUCUCAUUUUUGAGAUGCCCUACAUACUGUCCCAUUGAUUCAUUCCAUAGACUGAGUAAAGUGGAUAGAUCCUUCUACAAAUCUCUGCAUAAGUCAAAUCUAAUAGUCGGAUUACUAAAGGUUGAAGUCUCGUUCUGUCGUAAUCUUUUCAAAACCUUUGGAUUAAUUCUGUGGUUUCUCUUUUACUUAAGAACUAUAUCUUUCUCUUUGUAUUUUGAUAUUAAAAAUAACAACCGAUACUGGGUAUCAGCAAAGUUAGCAAAGCCUCUUCUAGCAAGAACGGUUUGAUCAUGUAGACAGUGUGUGUUUAUGUGUGCCUUUAAUGAUAAGCCUUUGGGACACAUUUAAGAUUAGCUAAAAUUUGCACCUUAAUUUAUGCAUUCAUUCAAUAUUUGUAGUUUAAAGUAUAUAGGCAGAAUAAAUAUGUAUAGUUGAUUAACUGCAAAUUUGGCUCUCAAAUCUUCUCUCAUCUGAACGUCCAAUAAUAUACACAUACGUAACUGGAAAGCUCUUUUUGUUAGGUCUCGGGGAACAGCUAGAUGAGAAAGUGGAAGAUUCAUGAUCAGAUUAGGUCAUGGAACUGAAUACCUGUGGGUUCCUCUAUGUGUUCCCACACAGGGCUGCCAUGGCAACUCAGGAUGGAGAAAGCUGCUCAUAUUGGGAAUACAUCACCAGAGGGAGAAUCAACACCCCUGCUGUUCUGUGAUCUAUGAUGGGGAGGGUGCCUCUGCAUUUACCCUUUUAAAACACACACCUGGAGAUCUAAUUGUGGGUCUCAUCUAGUUUGGCCCUCAGAUUUUGCAUAAGGUAGUAAUCAGCAAAAAUUCUCAAUUUACUUCUACAUGAAUUCCAAUGUGUCCUCCUAUAUGAGCCAAUAUGAAAAGCAAGCCCUUUAUUUGGUUUUUGGCAAAUCCUCUUUCCUUUAGUGUCGAAGGACUUGGGUCCUGAACAGCAUUUUGAAAGAUUUGACUUCCAAAUAGUUAAAUUCAGCUUAAUUUUCUGAAGUCCUUAGAUUUUUAAAAACUGCUAUUUUGGGUCCCAUUUUGAGGUAACAUACAUUUGAAAAGUAACAUGAUGUUAUUUGCCAUCUAAUCAAUUUUGCUUUUUU